AUGGGCUCAACACAGGUCGGCAUUGUGCGAGAUUUGGCCAAGUAUCCGCCUCAGGAUCCAUCGGCCAAGAAAGACCUCUACAAUGCUGCAUGGGAGCUGCUGUACAGCACAGAGUCCGCUCAAGACACUGCUCAGCGGUUGUACCAUGGCCAUGUCCCACUUGCAAUGGCCCAGACAGGCAUCGACCUGAAUUUGUUCAACAUUCUGGCCGAGCAGCAGGACAAAGAGUGGACGCUCGAGCAGCUCGCCGAGAAGACCAAGGCGGAGCCCGCGUUGCUGUAUCGCAUCCUCCGAUGCCUCAACGCAUACGGAAUGGUCACCCAGACCAAGGACAACACCUUCACCUCAUCGAACAUCACCAAGAAUCUUGCUCUCCCAAGCACGCACGCGGGCAUCAAACACUACUCUUUAACCAUGACCCCUGCGUACAACGCCAUUCCCAAGUACCUUGCCAAGACGGGCUACAAAAAUCCAACCGACUCUGCACCAUUCAACCUGGCCUAUAACACAGACAUGCCAGUCUUCGAAUGGCGAAAGCAUAACCCAGAGAAUGCCAAAGCUGGGCAGGCUUUCAUGGCCGCUCAACGCAUUGGCCAGAGGAGCAAUUGGGAUGGCCGCGUACCUGUCUCCGAUCUUCAACUAUCGGAGAAAGACGUAGCCGACGGUCGCGUCAUGUUCUGUGACGUUGGUGGUGGCAUGGGACACCAGUGCCUCGAUUUGAGGAAGUAUCACCCUGAGCUGAAGGGCAAGAUGGUGACGGAGGAUCUUCUUCUCGCCCAGGACAUGAUCCCCAACCGUGAAGAGAUGAAGAAGCUCGAUAUCGAGCCCAUCCCUCACGACUUCAUGAAAGAGCAGCCAAUCAAGAACGCGAAGGUGUACUACCUCCGCAACGUCAUUCAUAAUUGGAAUGAUGAGCCCAGCAAAGUCAUCCUCAGCUCAGUCCGCAAGGCCAUGGCAGACGACAGCGUCGUCAUCAUCGACGACGUCCUGAUGCCCACCAUCGGCGCUACAUGGAAGCAGGCCAGCAUGGAUAUGGCUAUGAUGACCAUGUUGGCCGCAAUGGAGAGGACUAAGGAGCACUUCGAGAAGUUGCUAGCCGAGAGCGGCCUCAAGCUGCGUGAGGUGCAUACGUACGACGAGGAGUAUGGCGAUAGCUUGAUCGUUGCUGUGCCUGCUUAG